AGUGUCUUAUUUUUCUGUGGUGCGCUGCAGAACUCUACAAGAGAGAAGCGUAAGUGGGACGCAUUGGACGACUCCUUUCUGUGUCGCACCACCCACUCGAUUCGCUCACCUAACUCACAAAUAUUUUGCCGAAUAGUUUCCCUCCCUCAUCUGUUUUUCCCUUUCUUUGAUCUCUCCCUUAUUCCAAAUAAGGACCUCGAAGAAGCCCUAUUUUCCUCAGACCCAUAAUCAUGGAGUACACUCUGUCCGAUGCCACCGUGGGAGCGGUUGAGCAGUUAACCGUUGCUCUCUCUAACACCCGCGUGCAGCUGCAGCGCGCACACGAGGGCAUGCAGCUGCUCCUGUCGCGGUGCCAAGACGUCGGCGCGGCCGUGGAGCGCUGCGCCGAGGCGCUGGCCCGCCUCUCCACCUCGCCCAGCGCCGCCGCCUCGGACAUCUCCUCGGACAGCAGCAGCGCGAGCGCAGCGCCGGCCGCCACCGCGUCGUACCGGCAGCUGUCCUGGUCGCUGUCGCAGUUCCACACGCACGUGGCGCGGCUGCUGUCCGCGGCGAGUCUGCAGGCGUACGACGCGGCGGUGGCGGACAAAAUCGCGAGCCGGCUGAGCCUGAUGGAGCGCGGCGCGGCGACCUUCUAUCGCAGCGUGGCGAGCGCGCAGCAGCCGGCGGGCGCGACGGCGGAGAGCACGGCGGCUGUGCAGGGGAGCGCGCGGCAGCUGGAGCAGCUCGCGUGCACGCGCUUCGCACCCGCCUACGAGGGCUUCCUGCUGUACGCCGUGGCCACGCUGGGCGACUUCUGCGCUCUGUGGGACACCGCGGCGCAGAAGAGCGCGGAGGAAGUGGUGUGGUCGUCGGGGCAGGCGGGGCAGUCGCCGAUGGUGGCGCCGCUGCACGCAGAACACUUCUGCGCUGUCGCACCGUCGAAGACAUCCAGCAGUAAGCAGACGACGGGACAGUCUGCGACGACGGAUAGGGCGAGUGCGUGCUUCGCUGCUGCCAUCGGCGCUGUCGAGGAGAUGUGCGACGCCUUCUUUGAAUUCGUGCGGCUCCUACAAGGCACCGUUCAUGAGUUCAGCCUUUCCUCGUUGGCACUUCUGGCGGUGUUAAGCGGCGCCCUGCCAGCUUCUGAGGUCAGUAAGGUUCACGAGGCGGCUCUCCGUGUCCAGAAGCUGGAAAAGAUGUUGGCCGCCUUGAAUGCGCGGUGGCAGACGCGACGGUCGUGUUACGAGACGCUGCUGCAGGAGCGCGUGACGGUGCCGCUGCGCCAGCUGCAGGACGACACGAAAGGCGGCUUGCGACUCGGUCAUUUGUUCCGUGGGAGAGGUCACAAAGACGUCGCUGAUCGCGGCACGGGCGCGUUUAACAUGGCAGCAAAAAUGGUGGCAAGAAUGCGCAUUGGUGACGGUUUUGUCACUGUCAGCCAGUCCGAGUGCUCGGGUGAUUGCACGGUGAGCCCGAUGAAGGUGCUGUAUGGAGCGUGGUUCCAAAUGGUGGAUGUCUUUGUGCGGCUUGGAAGCGACGCCGCCAGUGAGGUCUCAAAAGAGGUGGGCAUUUAG